GUAUGUUCUCAUUUUUCUUAAUACUAUCACAAUUUUAUUAUGAUGAAUCAGACAUCUAUGAAACAACAUUUUAUGUGGAAAGUGAAGGUAAAGGUUGUUUAGCAAUUGGCAUACUAAAUAUAUUUACAUCAUUUGCUUAUUUUACUAAUAUCAACCUUUACUCUUUAGAAUCCUUAGGCAUAUUGAGCUCGAAAUUCACCAAGAAUUACAAAUUAAGACAUUUGGCUGUUGUGUCAGGUUCCACUUUUUUUGCACUAUUGGCUUUCUUAUCCAAUGCCAUUGGAUUCAAUAAAAUUGGCAUGUGUUCCUUACUCCCUGGAAAUCUAUUUACAAUAUUCUUGUUUAUAUUAACUUCUGUUACCUUUAUUAUAAUAGUUUGGACUUGUACAUAAAUUCAUAGAUUAAGAAAAGUGUUAGGCAAAGACUUGACUUCACGUAUCUAAGACAAAAAGUAUAAAGUCAAUUUGAUUUAUAUCAUAACAUUCUUGAUCAUUAGAAUACUACCGGUAUCAUUCCCUUAUAGAUUAUUUUAGGUAUUAAUUUUGACUAUAAUAUCCCUUGCAGAUAGUAAUACAGAAACAUAUACUGUUGCUUUCUAUGUUUUGGCUAUACCUAUGUCAUUAGGAGGAGUGUGUUUGAGUUUAAUUAGAUCUCAAGAACCAACUAUUUAAGAUUAUUUGACAAGGAAACUGCAAAAAUAAAAAUCUGGAAUUGUCGAACUUUCUUUACCCAAAAUGGAAGUUAGAGCCUUGAGUAACUCUAUUUCGAAUUUAAGUGCAGAAUCUUAAAUUAUUAAAACUCAUUAUCUCUCUUAUCUUCAAGGAACGACGAGAGACAAUAGUGUAGCCUAUCGAAAGACAUGUUUGGACAAUGAAGAAUUGUAAUAAUUUAGAAUUAUUAUAAGGGUUGCAAAACUAACAUCUCAAAUGGAAAAUAAUCAGAUUAAGUUUAAACUCAAUUAAUUCCUCUUUAUAUUCAAAAUAAUUCGAGAAAUGAAUAAUGGUUUUAUUAUACCAAUUACAAUUAUGAAUUUAACACAUUAUCAUAUGAAACAUAUGAGAUAGAGGAUCUUCUAUUUUGAUUGUGAUUCUGAUUUAAAUGCCUCUUAAAUUGUAUGUACUAGUUAUGCAGAAUCUGUUUUCAUAUAAAUAAGUUCAAUCGAUUAAUUCAUGACAUCAUUUGAUGAAAAAUUAAAUAAAAAUUUUGUUGAGCAAUUGCACAACUCUAAAUUGAAAUUAUAAACAAAUAGCUUAACUACAUACGAUGGAGAAGUACUUAUCUCCAUUAUUAAUAAUUAAGCCAAGAGAUAUUUAACAAGACAUUUGUUGUCAGCUAUUUACAAUUUAAGUGUUUCUGCUUAAAGAUCAUUUAUCCCCCCUUUGAUAGGACUCUACUCAAUUGUAAAUGAUGAUGAUUAGUACUCAAUCCUCAUCUAAAGAAACCUCCUCAAUUCCAUCGUAUUAGAAUAAUAGGGCUUUAAAAUAUAAGGCUUAUUUACCUAUUAGGUUGGCUAAGUUGAUGAAGAAAUCAAGGGAGGAAGUGAUACUUAUAGCAAAAUGAAGAUGAAUCCCAAAGUUAAACAAGAAUUUCUUUAUACUCUAAAUUAAGACCUUAUGAUACUCAGAGAUUAGUUUUUAUGGGGCUAUUCAUUUUACGUGAUCUAUUUAGAAGCCGAAGAGGGAAUCAAUGUGCUUCCAAAUAUGUACAAGACUCGGAAUGGAUAUGUUAUUGCAAGUUUAGGAGGAAUCUUAGAUUAGUUCUGGAUCUUUAAUAAUGAAACAAUUGCCAAUCCAGAACUUUAUGCAUCGUAAUUAGCUUAACAAAUUGAUUUAUUAUUAUGA